AUGAGACGGUGUUCUCCCUAUUUGCCUUCUAGUGUACACCACAAGCAUGAAGACCACGCUAGUGAUAUGGAGUCUGGCGUGAUGCUUGUGUCAAGCCUGAGGAAGGCUGAGGCAUUCGACAGCGCAAGGAUUUUUCUGGGUGCCCGAGACGUGUGUUGCACAAGGAUUGCUUUAAGGCCGUGA